AUGGCCACAAAUAACAGACAACCAAUAGAUACAACAAUAAGAGCACCAAUUUCCUGUGAUGUUCUGAGCCAAGCUUUUGAUACAUCCAUACUUUAUGAAGCAGUUAAAGCUCCAGAGGGCAUAAGCAAGGAUGAAUGGGCAGCACAUAAAGUCAUGGAUUUGUUUAAAGACGCUCAAAUGGCAUGGGGAUUUGUUAGCAGUGUUUGCCAUUGCCCACUUAUGAGAGCUCAUUUCAUGGUAUUUAAAUGGCAAGAAGACCCAAAAAAGGCUGCAAUGCCUUUGCCUGCAACUGUGUAUAUAAAGUCUCUGUUUCUAUGGGUGGAUUCACAAAUAUCAGACACCAAAAUCUUCCCUUUAAAGCCUGGUAAGUUCAAAUUCAAUUUAGAAACUCUAUUUUUAUUAACUUUUUUAUAUCAAGGGGUGCCUUUUGCUGACGACUUUCAAUUAAUUGUCAAAAACUUGCUAAGAAGAUUAUUCAGAGUAUAUAGUCACAUUUACUGUCAUCAUUGGCCUCAUGUAGAAUCAAUUUCAGCAGCAGCUCACGUCAAUUAUUGUCUUAAACAUUUUGUAUAUACUGUUCUCCUUAACAAAUUGUUAGAAUGUAAUGAACUCAAACCUUUGGAAGAGCUGGCUAGUUAUAUUAUGGAAGAAGGAGAAAGUUUUGGACGAAAUUCUGUUGGUCUUGCCAAUAAAAUUCAAGAAAAAAAUUCAAAUGGGGAAUGCCAAAAAAGUCAAGUAAAUCCAAUCCUUGUUAGAACUUACAUUAGCUCUCCUGAGACUCAUAUUCCUUCAACUAACAGCUUAACCGCAGACUCACCCAUUUCCGAAGAUAGAAUUGAAAUUUCACACACUGUUCCAAACUCUGGAGAAGACCCUCCCAUUACAAAGUCUAUCAAGCCCAAUAUUCCAUCCUAUCAACAAGCUAUUACAAAAGCUCAGGCUGUUGGGAGAGUCCAAUCCACAUGUAGUGAUAGUAUGCUAAUUACUACAAGUAAAUCCGAUGCUGAUAAAAAAGAUAAUUCUAUACAUUCCCGGAAGAUCAAAACUUAUCCUUGGACGGAGUUUGCAAAAAAGUUGAUUCUAUGCACAAAGAGAAAGAAGAAAGAUGGCAAGUUGUUUAGUAGUGGCUUCUUAACACCAAAAGCUACUUCAGAAAACCUUUGA